AUCUGUGGCGGGAGAUGUUGAACGGAGCAACACACACACACACACACACGAUAUCGCUGUUUUCACGUUUUAAAACUCGUGUGGAAAUAAAGUAGAACAGCGGGAAGAGUUGCGACAUUAAACGUCUUUGCUGGAGGAAAACGCAAACAUGGAUGAUUUCGGACUUUAUGCGGUUUUUGGAGUCAACGGUCCGCCCCAAAGGCUGCUGAGUGCUGAAGGGUCGUGCAGGGUGUCUGUUGCAGUUCCCCCGAGUGUCCGGCAGGUGGUGCUGUUCAGCAGCGGGCGGUGGGGGGAGAGGAUCUGCGCCAACGCCGAGCUCAACGAUGCUGACCGGAUGCCCAUCACUAUCGGAAAGCUGACUCCAUACAACAAGUGUCUGUCGUGGGAGCAGUGGGAGGAGGAGACCUGGACAGACACCGUCACACUGAAUGUUACCCUGGAGGGAGGAAACCUGGUAAAAGCAGAACCAGAGCUCAUCCUGGCUGUGAAGGAAUACACACCAAAGGACACCACGGCUCCCCUCGCAGCCCGGGAGCUCAACGGCAAGAGGAAGAGAGAGCAAAUGUCAGAGGGAGGCGGUGACGAGAAUAAGCUGGCGAAGAGAGGGGAAGAAGAGAACGUGUGUCCAAAUGGCGGCGUGGAGAAGACCACGCCUGUGCGAAAACCCAGAGGUCAAAACAAGGGGGCCCAGAAGCUGUUCAGUAGCGGAGGAGAUGCAACAAAGAUGAAGGGAACAGGAGAGGCGCAGGGGAUUGUGGGAAGAACGCCUCCACAGAGCGCAGCCAGGGCGAAGAGUAGGCAGGCCAAGACUCCCACGCAGACCGCCCCGCUGGUCAGUCCAUCAGGCCGCUGGGGUCAGACUCUGUGUCCCAUCGAUGCUCAGACAGCCAUCCUGAUUGGAGGGCAGGGGGCCAGGAUGCAGUUCUGCAAAGAUCCCAUGUGGAAGCUCUGCACUGAGGACAUGUCCUGGGUUGCAGCAGAGACUCUGGCAGAGGGUCCAACACCCGAGGCCAGAAUCGGCCACACAGCCAUCUACGACCCGGACUCGAGGCGGAUCUUUGUGUUCGGAGGCUCCAAGAACAAGAAGUGGUUCAACGACGUUCACAUCCUUGACACGCAGAGCUGGAAGUGGACCAUGGUGGAGGCUCAAGGUAAGGUUCCUCCUCUGGCCUACCACAGCUGCAGUCUGUUUCGAGGUGAACUGUUUGUGCUGGGGGGGGUGUUUCCCCGUCCCAACCCAGAGCCCGACGGCUGCAGCGACUCACUGUAUAUCUUCGAUCCCAACCUCUCCAUCUGGUACCAGCCUAUUGUCACAGGCGACACACCCUCCCCCCGCUCAGGUCACUCUGCAUGUGUGAUGCAGGAGAGGAAGAUCUAUGUAUUCGGUGGAUGGGACACUCCUGUCUGCUACAACGACAUGUACAUGUUGGACCUUGGUCUGAUGGAGUUUUCCGCUGUGAAAACAACUGGGAAAGCUCCGUCUCCUCGAAGCUGGCACGGCAGCGUUGUGCUCUCGGACACAAAGUUCCUGAUCCACGGAGGUUACAACGGAAACAACGCUCUCAGUGACACCUUCGUCUUUGAUAUAGACACCAACAGCUGGACGGAGGUGACGCUCCCUCAGCUCUCCGUCCCCAGGGCGGGGCACUCCAUCAUCACCAUGGAGACAGCCGCACGCCACCGCUUCUCAGAGGAGGAUGAAGACGCGGACGCAGGGUCCGUCAGCAGAACUCUGCUGGUGUUCGGAGGCGGAGACAACGAGGGCAACUUCUACUCCGACCUGACGACUGUCGCUGUGGAGGAACUGCUCGCUGCUAUUUAAAGAGAGUGAGUCAGAGGUGAAUCCUCACUGCCUGACUGGAUGUGAAUCUAUUUUAACACCCCCACAGACUCUUUAUUAUUUAUAUUCAUAUAGUUUGUCUUUGUCUUCUUUUGGUUGUGUCAGCCUUCUCUUCUUUAUAUUAUGUUUUUAGAAGGGGUUUACAUUUUUAGUAUUGGAAAAUGUGCAUGUGGGAUGUAUAAUUUGGGCAUUUCUUGAAUACAGAUCUCAAACACUAGAUUCCUUUAAACGAAUAAGUGUCCUCAGUUCAUUUUUAUGUAAAUAGUUUAAAGCUUUUCAAGUUCUUCCUCAGGUAAAAUGUAUAUUUUUAUUUUUGAAUGAAUGAAUGAUUGGGACUAACAGUAGCCCUGAUAUGUUGAACGUGUUGCCUCUGGAUAGCUGCGAGUGCUUUAGCUGUAUUCAUGAUGCUCAAAAUCAUGCCGUUGUUUGUUUUUUGUCAUCAUCUCCGAAACCUUUGCGUUUAGUGGAAAAAAUCAAAUCUCUAUUUCUGUGCUGUUCCAUUUUGCACUUGGUUUAUGUCUUUACUUAAUAAACAUUU